AAUCAAACUGCUGGCAACUCAUUAUACCGGCGGCGUUCUAUUGUAUCUUCUGACAUUUUUUCGAAAAAUUUUCAAGAAUUUUGGUGACAGGAACACAGAAUUUUAGUAAAAAUGAACGGACUAGGAAAAACUGCUCAGCGACUAAUACAAACCUGUGUGCAAAGCACAACGAUAACGGGUGCUGUAGUAUCCCGUGCUCAAGCCCCCGUCAAACGUGAUUUCACCAGAGGAAUAUGGCACAUGAGCUGUUCGAAGAGGCUGGAUGGGCUCACAGCAUCGUCCACCCUUCUGCACAGCCACUCCAACACAUGCGGCUGCGGUUGCGGUCUGAAGGCGAUGCACACGAAAGCCAAUGAAAAACUAUUUAUAGGUGAGAGGGAACUAGUAGAAUUUCUGACAGAGGAGAUUGUAGCUGAACGCAAGGCUCAGAAGGUCAAGGUGCUGCCGUUGGAGCUGGAGGGCUUUGUCAUCUGCGGAGACGGUGCCGAGGUUGUGCUGUCCAAGAAACUGAAGGAUGAACUCAUCAAGAUAACAUUCAACGUGAACCACACGGUGGACUCUGACGAGCUGGAGGGCGAGGUGCAGCCCGAGAAGCAGGAGUUCGCGGAGAUGCGCUCGCGGCCGCAGUUCGAGGUGGACAUCGUGCGCGGGGACACGACUCUCGGCUUCACCUGCUCCUAUCUGCAGGAGCCGCCGGCAGCCAACGCUUCUGCUGAUGAGUACAAUGACGUGUUCGGUAUUGACGAGCUGACCAUCUACAAGGGCGGGUGGAACGACAAGGUGUACGCUGUCGCUGGCGACGUGCUUGACGGGUACCUUUACGAUUUGCUGAUGAAUCUGCUUGAAGAGAAAGGCGUGAGCAACGAGUUCGUGACCAAGUUGUCGGACUUCAGCACGGCUUACGAGCAUAGUGCCUACAUCAACCUGCUUGAGACCGUCUCCCAGUUCACCAUCGGCAAGCAGAAGUAGACAGUUCCUCAGACCUACGUUCAAAAAGCAAUAAAAUCCUGUCAAGCACCACAAAAAAACUGCCGCUCGUUAAACAUCGACUAUUGUGUUAGUAUUCAGUCACUUUGUGAUACAAAAAUUCACAAUUUUAAGAUUUUAUCUCUCCUGUAUCUUAUGUAUUCUAUGUUGAACUAAAUGUUCUUUUUGUUAAAUAGAUAAAAAAUAGUCGAAUUGACGUAAGGCUGUAUGGUAGAGCUGUCAGAAAAGACUCGCUCGUGAGUAAUGUGUUAAGUUUUUGGGCUGAAUUGUAGAAAUAUUCUUCUAUUUUAUGAAGAUUAAUAUAGACGUAUACUCGAAAAUAAAUAAGAAACUCACAGCGGGCCGCGACAGUACGUUAAUUUCAUACAUGCAACUGUCAUUGUUUUAAAUACAUUCAAUUAUUAAAUGUAUGAAGUUGCAAGGAGUGAAGCAUUUAUGCUGUAGACAGCUUUAAAAUAGUUUAGUUGUGUCAUGGUGAUGUUUUGUUUAAUGUUAGUUAUAUUUUAGUUAUUUCUCAAUUAAAUUGUUCCAAUUUA